AUGGGUGCUACGUUAAUUUAUGCCGUCAACUUUUUAAUUGUGACAUGGGCCACUUUUACGGAAUCCUAUUACCCUGCUAAUAUUUCUAAUGAAAUUUUACGCCUGAUUGAACCGUUUACUGUGUCCACAGAACAUAGAUAUUGGGAUCUUCUCGAAGCUCCUCUUGGAAAUAGUUACAAUCACUAUGAUUCGCUUUUCGGAAAGAUGCAGGAAGUCAGUAGAAAAUGUCCCAUGAUAACCACAUUAUAUACCAUUGGCAAAUCUGUUGCUGGUAGAGAAUUGUGGGUAUUAUCCUUCGGAAAAGUGCCAAAUUACCAUGUACCUGGGGUACCAGAAGUAAAGAUCGUGGGUAAUAUGCAUGGAAACGAAGCGAUUGGGAGAGAACUUAUACUACGCCUUGCAUACCUUCUGUGUAUGAAUUAUGGUUCUGAUGAAUUUAUCACACUUUUGGUAAACUACACACAAAUCCAUCUUAUGCCUUCAGCCAACCCUGAUGGUUUUGAAAUUUCAAAUGAAGGUGACACAAGUGGCCUUAUUGGACGAAACAAUCUCCAUAAUGUGGAUCUGAAUCGUAAUUUUCCGGACCAGUUUGGCAAAACUGACGAAAACUUAGUACAAGAACCAGAAACCAAAUUAAUAAUGCAAUGGUCACAGGAGCAUUCAUUUGUUUUAUCAGGUAAUUUACAUGCUGGAUCACUAGUUGCAUCAUAUCCAUUUGACGGUAGUGCAAAUAUGACUGCCUAUUAUUCUGCAUCUCCUGAUGAUGCAACAUUCAAACACUUGGCUUCAGUGUAUAGUCGUGCUCACAAGAGCAUGUACCUGGGUAGACCUGAAUGUGAUUUUAAGACUUUUCCGAAUGGAAUUACCAACGGAAAUAACUGGUACCCACUGCAAGGUGGUAUGCAAGAUUGGAAUUAUCUAGUUACGGGAUGUAUGGAAAUCACAUUAGAAUUAGGAUGUGUUAAGUAUCCACGAGGAUCAGAAAUAUCCACUUAUUGGGAUGACAAUAAAUAUUCCCUUAUAGCGUUUCUAUCUGAAGUUCAUCGAGCUUUACGUGGUUUCGUAUUUGAUGGAUCCACGAAACUUCCUGUCGGGAGAGCUUCUAUACAUGUGGAGGGAUUAAGUCAUUUAGUUAAUUCCACUCCAUACUAUGGUGAUUAUUGGCGUUUGCUCCCACCUACUGGUGGUGUAUAUCGUGUAUGGGCUUCAAAAAUUGGAUAUUUUGAUUCACUCAAAUAUGAAGUGAAUGCAUCCCUUCUACCUUAUGUGUCAAUUACAAAUAGUGAACAGUUAAAUUUCACUUUAUGGCCUGAUAAUCAAUUAACAGCGGAAUGGUCAAGUCAAUUAGAUUACAAUAUCGCAUUGAAUCGUCUACCUUCAUUCAUACAUGAAUCAACUUAUGAUGAAACAAUCAAAAAUAUGUUUACUAAUUUAUCACAUUCCAUUAAGAAAUACUUUACAUUACAUCAAAUUACUGUUUCUUCAGCAAAAACUAUCAUUUCUAAUUUUACUACUAACAAUACUAAUAAUAAUGAUCAUAAUAGUGAAAAAUUGUCGACAGUAUAUGGAAUUGGUUUGUCACUUCCUCAUUAUUCACAUAUUAUUCCCAUCAAUGAUCAAAAUGACAAUUACAAUAAUGUGAAAUUACAGCCUCAAUUCGAUAAAAUACGUAUUAUAACUUUAGCCGGUUUAAAUAGUAAAGAAUUAAUUUCUACAGAAAUCGCUAUUCGUUUACUACGUCAUUUACAUUCAGGAUUAACCGCUUCGAGUCCGGAUAUUUGGCGUCUUUUAGCUACUAGUCAGCUAUUAAUAUUUCCAUAUUUAGAUCCGGUCGGUAUUCAUGAGUCACUAUUUAGUGUCAAACAAAAACAAAAUUUGAUGAAUCAAAGUCAGAACACUUGUAAAUUGUCUUCAGAUAAUGUUGAUGAUCGUUCGAAUCCAAUAUUUAACAAUGAAAAGUUUCAAAAGAUAACUCGUGAAUUUCAACCACAUUUAAUUAUUUCUCUUGAAUCUAACAAUUUAACAAAAUGUUCAAUAAGAACUACAACAAAUAUUAAUAAUAGAUUUAAACAAGAAAUUUCAAAUAUUGAUCUAUUUCAUAAUUUCGCUAUUGGUUUUAAUUCAACAGUGAAAUGUUCUACAAAACAUUCAUUUCAUUGUAAUGAAACAUCACAAUAUAUGAAUAGCAUUUCAUCUUCUGAAAAGCGUUUAUUGGAUUUGUUCGCUUCACCGUCCUUAUCCUCCUCUUCGUCAUCAGCAUCAUAUGUUUCCUCUUAUUCUUCUCCCUUAACUUCCAGUGAUAAUGAUCACAUAGGCGAGAUCAAUAAUAAUCAUAAUGAACCUUUUAUUUUUCGUCUGGGAACAGGUUGUCACCCUAAGCAUCUAUCGAACUGUUCAUAUUUAGAUGCCCAACAAUUACCGGAACUAUGGCAUUCUACGCUGAUUGGUUUAAACAAGUUAUUUUCAUCUGUUCGAAAUUUAUCAUUCUGUGGUCAAAUUUGA